CAAAGAUAUAGAUAAUUUCCUACCUUUAUUUAAUUGUAUAUUAUAUAUAUUCACAUAUAUAUAUAUAUAUAUAUACAUAAAAGAUAUAUAUUCAAAAAAAAAGGAAAGAGGGAGAGAUAUACACAAUAUGAGAACAACGUUAUUUGUAGCUGGCUUUGGUGGACAAACACGCGCUAGAGAUCUCGCUUACGAAUUCGAACGAUAUGGUCGAUUAGUUCGUUGUGACAUUCCAGCACCAAAAUCAUUUCAUGCCAAAGUAUAUGCCUUUGUUGAAUUUGAAGAUCCACAUGAUGCUGAAGAUGCUUUUAAUGAAAUGCAUGGUAGACGCAUUGAUGGAUAUACGAUUAGUGUUCAAUGGGCAAGAAAUGCGCCUAGCGCAUCAUGGCGAUUAGGCGGUCCUUCAUAUCCUCCACUACCGCCACCAUUACCUCUUCCACAUCAACGACGCCAUCCUCCUCCUCAUCACCACCAUCAUUCUCUACCACCACCUCCUCCGGGACGUAUACCACCACCACCCUAUUAUCACAGAUCAUAUAGUCCAUAUCGUAGUAGAAGUCGAGGUAGACGACGUUCAAUGUCUCCACCUAGAGGAAGGUCUCCUCUUCCUCCUCCUCCUUCUCAUUAUUAUCUAAAAGAACGACGAUAUUCUGCUUCACCACGUUCAAGAUCGCGUUCACCUAUUCCAACUGUAAUUCAUACCACUGAACAUCGUUCAAAGUCACCCUCAAGACAUUAUCAUUAGUCCACCUCACACAUUGAAUGGACUAUUAGAUAUGAAUUAUACACAAGCAAAUGAAAAUAAUAAUAAUAAUAAUAAUUAUAAUAAAACACACACACACACACACACAC